AUGUCGGCGGACAUUGAAAAAAUGUAUCGUCAGAUAUUAAUAAGUGAAGAAAAUAGGUCAUUACAAACUAUAUUAUGGCGAUCACAACCCAGCGAUAAAUUAAAAGAGUAUUGUUUAAACACGAUAACGUAUGGAACAACACCCGCGUCAUAUUUAGCGACCGCCUGUCUCGAAAAAUUAGCACAAGAAUAUGAAGAAAAGGCUCCAUUUGCUGCUCAAGCAAUUAAGUCCGAUUUUUAUAUGGACGACCUUUUAACUGGCGCUAACACGAUUGAAGAUGCUAUUAAUUUAAGAGAGAAUGUGAUAAACAUUAUGAGCAGUGCUGGAUUCAUAUUACGAAAAUGGAUAUCUAAUGAUCCCGCGUUGUUAACAAAUACGUCAAAUAAUAAAGACGAUCCAAUGUUCAUCCUAAAUAUAGACGGUACCGCGGUAAAGACGCUAGGAUUGUACUGGGACCCCCGAACGGACGUUUAUCAGUACAAGAUUAGUAAUCGCAAUAAUAGUAAUGACCCGGCGAUGUCGAAAAGAAAAGUAUUAUCUACUAUCGCGACAAUUUACGAUCCAUUAGGAUUAAUUGGUCCUGUAAUCGUAACCGCAAAAAUUAUAAUGCAAAGGCUAUGGCAGCACAAAUUAGAAUGGGACGAUUUAUUGCCCACACAGUUGAACGAAGAAUGGAGCAAUUAUCUAAAAGAGUUAACUGACAUUGAAAAUAUAAAAAUACCACGUAGAAUAAUAGGCGUUGACAAGAAUAAUGAGAUCGAAAUGCACGGGUUCGCCGACGCAUCAAUUUGCGCGUAUGGUGCAUGCAUUUACUUAAAGGCUACAGACGGAUACGGCAACUGCACAACGCGCCUUGUCGCUGCUAAAUCACGCGUAGCACCCUUAAAGGUUGUAUCGUUAGCCAGAUUGGAGCUUUGUGCUGCAGUUUUAUUAAUACAGCUAGUAGAAAAGGUGAUACCAAGUUUAAAAAUAAAAAUAAAACACAAGUAUUAUUGGACGGACUCGACCAUAGUUUUAGCCUGGCUAAAUUCACAAUCGUCGAGGUGGAAAACGUUUGUGUCGCACAGAGUCGGUGAAAUUCACAAUUAUUCGUCAGCCGAUCAAUGGAACCACGUCAAGUCACAAGACAAUCCCGCUGAUAUUAUAUCACGUGGCUGUAGUCCGAAUCAAUUAAAAAAUAAUAUUUUGUGGUGGGAGGGUCCUGCGUGGAUGAAAAAAGAAAAAUCGGAAUGGAUAAAAAACACAUUGAAUGGCGGUGACUUACGAAAAGAGGACGAUCUUGAAGAAAGAAAAAAUCUGAUUAUCACUUUGGUCCAAACAGAAGAGACAAAUUUAACUAAAAAAUAUUCAUCAUUAACAAAACUAUUAAGAAUAACCGCAUACGUGUUACGUUGGAAACAUCGCGUCGUAACAAAAAAAGAUAAGGAUACCGCGAUACAAAAUAUUACGUACGAGCCUAAUGCGGGCGCGAUAAUAUCGGUCAAUGAACUAGAGUACGCGCAAACGAAAAUACAUAAAAUAGUACAAUCGGAGUAUUUCGCGGACGAAAUAAAAUGUUUAAAAAACGGUAAAAGUGUAUCGAAUAAAAGCAAGCUGCAUUUAUUAAAUCCUUUUUUUGACCAGGACGAAAUAAUAAGAGUAGGUGGAAGAUUAAACAAUGCAGAAAGUAUGCAGCGGGACAAAAAAAAUCCGAUAGUACUUCCAGCCAACACUCAUUUCACAAAAUUAGUAUUUAGUCAUGAACACAUAAAAUUACUUCACGCGGGACCACAGGCAUUAUUAGCAUCCGUACGUGAAAAAUAUUGGCCAUUAGGAGGUCGAAAUGUUGCAAAAAAUACAGUGCAUAAAUGUAUAGCAUGUUUUCGUACUAAACCAUCCACAUAUCAACCUAUAUUAGACAAUCUGCCCGCCCCGCGGAUAGAAGUGGCAAAUCACGCAUUUUUAACGUGUGGGGUAGACUUUGCUGGACCGAUAUUAAUUAAAAGCAGUUUAAGACGAAAUGCACCGACAUUGAAAUGUUAUAUAUGUGUAUUUGUCUGUUUUUUCUCAAAAGCCGUGCACAUCGAGUUAGUCGGUGACUUAACGACGAACGCAUUCUUGGCGGCACUCCGACGAUUUUGGUCCCGACGUGGUAUUGGUAACAUUAUAUACUCCGACAAUGGAACAAAUUUUUACACAAAAAAAAAUAUAUACCAGUGCGCCGCCGAAGUAGGGGUAGAAUGGAAGUUCAUUCCCCCUCGCUCUCCCCAUUUUGGAGGGUUAUGGGAGGCAGCUGUAAAAUCUAUAAAAGGGCGAUUGCAAAAGACUUUAGGAACAGCAUCCCUAACGUAUGAAGAAAUGAGCACAAUAUUAGUUCGAAUUGAGGCAUGUCUAAAUUCGCGACCGAUUACGCCUUUAUCAAACGACCCAUCCGAUUUAAGUGCUCUUACUCCGGGUCACUUCCUUAUCGGAAGGCCACUGACUAAUUUACCAGAAUCUAACUUAGUAGACAUAUCGGCUAACCGUCUCCAGCGUUGGCAAAGGACUACUCAAUUAUUUCAACAAAUCUGGCAGCGUUGGAGCAAGGAUUAUCUCACUCAACUACAAGUUCGGCAAAAAUGGCCUAAAUCUAAAGGGCCAGAAAUAGAAGUGGGCGCUUUAGUUCUUUUAAAGGAAGACAAUCUACCACCACUACGUUGGCAACUGAGACGAGUCAUAGAAGUAUCUACAGGCAAGGAUGGAGUUAUUCGAGUCGCUGCAGUGAGGACAGAUCGGGGAGUAUUGCAAAGAGCAGGAAGAAUGCUGUGCCCAUUGCCUAUAUAUGAUUAA